AUGGACCCAGUGCUCUGCUUCAAAGCAGAGAUCAGGAAGGCUCAGGAGCAAGGAUUCUCUGGGCCCUUCCACGCUACACAGCUGUGGCACAACAUCCUCCAGGCACUGCAGAUACAGGUGGAGGUGCGACGGCGGCGCCACCUGUGUGUUCACCCUGACUGCUUCACGGGCUCGGAUGCUCUAGACCAGGGGUACGCUGUGUUCAGCUACCUGAUGCAGAACGUCUUCUGUGCCAGCGAGGUGUCACGUCUCAAGGCCGCCAGGCUCUGCCAGGCGCUCAUGGAGGCCAAGGUGUUUGAGGCGGUGGGGACCAAGCUGUUCCUCCAGAACAAGGAGGCCACUUUCGAGGACACGGGCUGCAGCCUCUACCGUUUCCAGGACUGCGGCUCGCUGCCCGGCUCAGCCAUUAAGGCUGGGAAGGAUGGGGACACAGAGAAUAUGGCCCCUGAGGACUUAGUGGGGAAGAUGAAGAAAGGCUCUAGACUGAGUGAGCUGAGGACCAUCUCCAACCUCCUGGCGCUGGGCCCCUCAGACCGGAGGGUGGAGAGGCUGCUGAAGACCAUCAACCUGCAGCCCUCCCUCCCUAAGGCCAUUACCAAAGCCCCCACCACCAUCUUCCUUUCAAAGACAGUGGUGGAGGAGGUGUGGAAGCAGCAGACGUUGCUGCAGAUGGUGGAGCUACCCGUGCUGGACUGUAUCCUGGCGACUCCGACCCGGGGGGCCCAGCCCCACCCCCAGGCUGCCGCCCUGCAGCUGCUGCAGAGCCACCACCAGGACCUGGUCAUCUCCAACACCUGCCUGGACCGUGAGCUGCCCCAGACCCUCAACCUUCCCGAGUUACUGGACGCAUGGCUGGUGGCAGCCGCCGACUGCCUGGAGUUCUUCCCUGACCAGCUGAUCGUGUUGGCGGGGGAGCACCACCUCCAGCAGGGCAGUACCACAGAAGUGACCAAGGGGGCAGAGAGGCGGGCCGGCCAGACAAAACUGCUGUUUGACACCAUGGCCAAACACUAUGGAGGCCAGGAGAGGUCCCCACUGCUCACCGGACGCUACCUGGACAUCCACACGGCCAUACUGGACCUGCUGGACCCCCACAUCGCUGAUUGAUGCUGUGAGGAGAACACUGCAAAUCCUGCAGCAAGGAAGAGAUCCGAACAACAUUGCGAGUGAGUUCAAUCCAACUUGUGUACAUUCAGGCCCACUUGAUACAUAAUGUUAGGACUUGGUGAUCUGCAGUAUAUGCCCUUUUGUGCUUAUGCUAUUAUCAUAACAGUACAACAUAAAAUAGUGAGUCGUCCCUACUCUUCAGUAAUGAAAUAAACCACCACCAGUGUCGUGUUCACUAGGCACGAAAUGAAAUAAAACCAACUGAAACGGGCAGGAACUACCAAGGAGAAGCUAAUUUCCGUUUUCUAUGAUGUGUUCCCUAAUAAAUACACCUCUGUAUUGACGCCCUUCUCCUCAUUCUGUUGCAGUGUUUAUGUUCUGCCAGCAGGUGUCGGUGCAGCAGUACUUUUAUUAACUAGGCAAGUCAGUUAAGAACAAAUUCUUAUUUUCAAUGACGGCCUAGGAACAGUGUGUUAACUGCCUGUUCAGGGGCAGAGACCAGUUACUAGACCAACGCUCUAACCACUAGGCUACCCUGCCGCCCCAGGAUCAGUGCGAGGCGGCCACCCUGGAGAGCCUGAAGCAGCUGAUCAGGGACAUCAGCCUGAGCAAGGCCCUGUCUGUCAAGGAGAGGAGGAGGCUGGUCAAGGAGUUCCAGAAGCACCAUCCCAUAGUCUUCUCCUCCACUUUCUAGGGGGGGAAAGGGAAUGUAAUGAGUGGUGGGAGACCCAAUCCAGAAUCAAACCUUACCCCCGCCAUGCCUUUGUAGUUUUGGAAGGUUUGGAUUAGUUAUAAGCAAUUCCAGGUAUAAGUGUUCCACUUACCAAUCAGAGGGUAAGGUCAUUCCAGGGCUAUGUUCAGUUGCUAAAUGUUCUUGAACAUUACAGAUUGAAAUGAGCCGAUGUGAUUCCUUAUUCUACAUGUCAGGCAUGUUUGAUCUACAUAGCGUAUUUAUAUCUGAACGCUCAAUCCUGCUGAACGUGCCCCUGGUCUACACAAGGGCAUUCUGCAUAGAGGGGUUAAUUUUGGAAUUGGGCAGUAGGGAUCCUUGUCGUCUUAACAAGCGCGUUUGUUCUUUGUUAUGCCAACAUUUUCCACAGUGCUGGCAAUAGUUUUGUCCCAAGACAGGAUACAGUAAGUUUUUGCCUGUGAUUAUCAGGACUGUUCGUUACAUGGGAUGAAAUGACUCUUCUGAUUUGAUUUAGGCCUAGUUAGUGUUGUCUUUUAGUGAUGUUACUCUUACAAGGCUUUGCUUUUCAAGCCUUCUUAUGACUUCGGCUUCAGGAAUGCAUUUGCACUAGUUUGUAGGCCAUAGUGUGUUAGUGGUAUGAUAGUAGCAUUUUUUUUGUUCUAACAAGGAGAGAUGCACUAACCCAGGUGCCUCAAGGGUUUAUUUCUGGUGAAUGAGAGCAUUUUCUGCUUUCCUUAGCUGAUGUCUGUCAGGAAAACCUUUUGAUUUUGUUAAAAUCUACACAGGAGAGAAUGUGUAAUGUUGGUGAAACAUUUAUCUAAAACUAACAGGCAUAGGAUCUAACUGAAUUUAUUCAGGGCUGGUUUUGGUAUCAAGUGGCUAGUUUUCUAAGGUAGAUUUUUAUUUAGGGACUGUAAAUAGUUUAGGCUGGAUAUUAAGCUUGAAGAGGAAUCUCUUGAUGAGAAAGCAUUACACUUUAUUUCUAUACCUUAAAUGAAAUGUAACACAAUUAUUGUGUUGACAGUCUUAACAAAUGAUGUAUUGUUUUGGAUUUCGUUGACUGCAUCUUAUAACUGGUAAAGGGAAUAAUGCUGGUAAAUGUAGCAUCUUAUAACUGGUAAAGGGAAUAAUGCUGGUAAAUGUAGCAUCUUAUAACUGGUAAAGGGAAUAAUGCUGGUAAAUGUAGCAUCUUAUAACUGGUAAAGGGAAUAAUGCUGGUAAAUGUAGCACUACUUUUAUAUCUGUAUAUUUUCUGUUGGGGACAAACUGAAUUAUUUGAAAUGGUAUUAAUUUAGUUAUUUGUGGAAC